GUGGCUAUUUACGCGCAAUUAUCGCUACAAACUCGCUACAGUGGGUGUUUGCAUACAUGCACUGCACGUCUGGGUGACCUGCCUGUCUCUGCCCCCCUCUCCCCCACCCACCGCCUGUCCAUUGGGCUCCGUGAUACUUCAUGGUGUUUGUGCCAUCUAGGGUUAUCCGCCGCUCCAUUGCAGUCUUUCUGGCGCAGAUUUCGCGUCUCGCCAUCUGCUCACUCUUGGACUAACUAAUAACUUCCGAAUCACUGAAAACAAACAAGAAAGUUUUCUUCUGGACUUACGGCCUUUACUUCGUUUUAAAAGGAGACAUUCUUUCUGCUUGGAUAAGUGUUUAGGAACAAAAGAGAAGCAACCGAUUCCAAGGACGUGAACACUAGUAAUUACUGCACCGCGGGGGGGGAAAAAUAGACAAACGCCUAUGCCAUGUAGCUGCACUCUCACAUGGAAAUAUGCAGACGAGCCCACACAGCAGCGAGCUAGUUAUUUUUACUUAAAGGGAAAAACUACAAAAAAUGCUGUGAAGCUCUGUGUCGCAGCUUGGCUCCCGGCAAAAGCGCAGGUUUUUCCAGAGCAUCUGCUGGUGGGGGGAAAAAUUGUCAGGAGCGAGAGAAGAAGCGAUAUGCGGCUGGUCGGGCAGUUGCUUUUGCAGUUCCUCUUCUGGAAUUAGUGCAUGAAUGGGAAGGGAGCGGCUUUAGACUCGAAGCAGGAAAAAAAAGAGUGUACCGUUUAAAGCUCGCGGCGGCACAUAAUGGAUACUUUCCUGCCCUUAAAGGUCACCUAACAGACUCAACAGAUGUGAUUGAGAACCACAUAGAAGAGUGGUUGUAUGAAUAAAGAUGAAUCAAUAUGAGUUUGGAUACCUGACCUGACCACACAACAGAUGCUUUUACUGCUAAUUCUUCACCUUGCACUUUGAGUGUGAAUGUGUGGCCUUGAGAUAUUUCCAAGGGACCAUAUGGCAAAAUACCGCACAAUAUAGGUCCUCGUUGCAUAAGCUAACAUGGACAAAGUGGUCAUCAGUCUCCUGUUCCUGGGAACUGCAGUUACGAUGGUCCAUGCAUGUCCCAAAUACUGUGUCUGCCAGAACUUGUCAGAGUCCUUGGGGACUUUAUGCCCCUCCAAAGGUUUGCUCUUUGUUCCACCAGACAUUGACCGGCGAACUGUGGAGCUCCGGCUGGGUGGCAACUUCAUCCUAAAGAUCUCCACCCUGGACUUUGCCAAUAUGACAGGUCUGGUGGAUCUCACUUUGUCCCGGAACACCAUCAGCGACAUCCAGCCUUUCUCAUUUAUUGACCUGGAGACAUUAAGAUCGUUACACAUGGAUAGUAACCGGUUGACUGAACUGGGACCAGAUGACCUCCGAGGACUGGUUAACCUGCAACACCUGAUCCUCAACAACAAUCAAUUGAGCCGUAUCUCUAAAGUAGCCUUUGAUGACUUGUUACUGACACUGGAGGAUCUUGAUCUGUCAUAUAACAACUUGCGCACUGUGCCUUGGGAGGCCAUCCGAAAGAUGGUUAACCUCCAUCAAAUGAGUCUGGACCAUAACCUCAUCUCCUUCAUUGCUGAGGGAACCUUUACAGAUCUCGACAAACUGGCACGCUUGGACCUCACCUCUAAUCGUCUUCAGAAGCUCCCUCCAGAUCCUAUCUUUGCACGUUCCCAGAGCAAUGUGGUGAUGAGCACACCAUAUGCACCCCUGCUCUCACUAAGUUUUGGUGGAAACCCUUUGCACUGCAAUUGUGAAGUGCUUUGGCUUCGGAGACUGGAACGGGAGGACGAUAUGGAAACCUGUGCUUCUCCUGCCAGUCUAAAGGGACGCUACUUUUGGUCUGUUCGUGAGGAGGAAUUUGUGUGUGAGCCCCCUCUGAUCACACAACAUACACACAAAUUGCUCGUGCUCGAGGGACAGACAGCUAGCUUGCGCUGCAAAGCUGUUGGCGAUCCAAUGCCAACUGUGCAUUGGGUUGCUCCUGAUGACCGUUUGAUUAGCAACUCCUCCAGAGCAACUGUAUAUGAAAAUGGGACUCUGGAUAUAACAGUCACCACAUCUAAGGACUACGGUACAUUCACCUGCAUUGCUGCUAAUGCUGCAGGAGAAUCUACAGCGUCCAUUGAACUAUCAAUCAUUCAACUCCCCCAUCUGAGUAAUGGUACAAGCCGUACCACCCAGAACAAGUCAGGCCUGUCAGACAUAACAAGCUCUACUAAGAUCAGUAAAGGGGAGCCUAAAACUCUUCCAGAGAAGGUGGUGUCUGUAUCAGAAGUGACCGCUGUUUCUGCUCUGGUCAAGUGGAGUGUUAGCAAAGCAACUCCAAAGGUCAAAAUGUAUCAGCUUCAGUACAAUUGUUCUGAAGAUGAAGUCCUCAUUUACAGAAUGAUUCCCAUGACUAACAGGGCCUUUGUACUCACUAAUCUGGUCCCAGGGAUGCAGUAUGACCUGUGUGUCUUGGCCAUUUGGGAUGAUACUGCUACGACUCUCACUGCCACCAAUAUUGUAGGCUGUGUCCAAUUUGUCACCACUGAGGAUUACCCACAGUGUCAGUCUAUUCACAGUGGCUUCAUGGGUGGCACUAUGAUCCUGGUCAUCGGUGGCAUCAUCGUGGCCACACUGCUGGUUUUCAUCAUUAUCCUCAUGGUUCGCUAUAAGGUGACGAGUGGGAUCCAGACUAAUAAACUGCCCACUGUGAGUAACACAUACUCUCAGACGAACGGAGGAAUGAACAGGUUCAACGGUGCCCCACCACAGGUCAAAUCUACAGUGGUGGUCAUGCGUGAGGAAAUGGUAGAAUUCAAGUGUGGAUCGCUCCAGAGCAGUCUCUCUUCAUCCUCCUCCUCUUCUAACUCGUUAGACAGCCAAACAGCAAGAGGGGCUGGUGACCGCUACAGCAUGCAAAGCAGUGAGUGCACCACCCUGCCCAGCAACAAGUUCAGGAGGCAUGGCCCCAAAGCACGCCCAAACUUGGACCACCUUUUAGGGGCCUUCACCUCACUGGAGCUGCGAGGGGCAGGGAGAGACGGCGCAGGGACUUCUGGACCCUCCACCAGUUCCAAUGCUAUGGCAGUGGCUGUGGCACCACCAUCUGAUAAAGAACCAUUGCUUGGAAGGGCAGAGUCCACAACCAUGCUCGGACGCAUCCUAGGGCUCCCCCAGGAGGGUAAACCAAAGAGGAGCCAUUCGUUUGAUAUGGGUCACGUAGGGGCCACACAGAGUCGCAGCAGCUACCCACGCAGGAUCAGUAAUAUCUGGACUAAACGCAGUCUGUCUGUUAAUGGCAUGCUGCUGCAGUAUGAUGACAGUGAGGAUGAGAAGCCCAGUUUUGAGAGCUCUGAGUGGGUAAUGGAGAGCACGGUUUGAAGACCAUAGAGACCACAUGUGAGAUUCAUGACCAAACAAUAAAUCUAUAUGAGAAUAAAAGAAACAUGAGUGAAAAGUGAAGGAUAUCCCAAAGGGAAACUAUCUUCUGCAUGAAGCUAACCCAAGUGAUAAUAUAAGACACUCAAAUCAAUAGAUUCCUGGUCAUGAUCUCAUCUCUGACAGUGUCAAACUGUAUUUGAAAAAUGUCCCCAUUUUAAAACAACUGCAGAAAUGGCCCACAAGGAAUAUUUCCCAAACCACAGGGUACAUGAGAUUAUCCCUGAGGGGAGAAAGGGGAAAGAAAGACAAGAAAUUCUAAGUGGAUUUACUAUGUCUUUAUUAAAACAACUGAAUACCAAGAGGAUUUGCCUCGAUUGUGGUGAAGUGGAUCACAAUGUCAUGGACCCUCAGCAUGAAAUGGGACUACUGCAACAGUAGAAAGACCAGAGGAGCUAGUAGAAAAUUAAAACAAAGUCAUUUUUA